GUUCUGUUUACAAUACGGCAUAUGCUCGGCAUGGGAAGUGCCCAGAAAAGUGUUUCUGCUGCGCGUGAUAGUAUGUCAGUCUGCUCACGUGUAACACUUUGAUUUAGUAAAACUAACACAUCCAGGUAAACUGUCACAGAAUGCACGAGAGACUUCUCCCUGCCUCUCCUAACUGGUACUGCUCGCGGUCCAGCGACACGAGUAGAAAUGGUAUUUUUGGGUUCGGCGCUAAAAACACUAUAUAUCUGCUUGACAUCACCGUCUCAUCACCUGCAAUUGUGGGCGAACUUAAUGGCCACAAAGAAAGAGUGUCCGGGCUUGCGUUUUGCCGCCAUCCCGGACAGGACCAUCUAUGCGCGAGCACUUCUGACGACGGGACGGUUAAGAUCUGGGACAUCAACGAUAAGGCCGUACUGAAAGAGCACAGAUCUCACCAGGGCACAAUCACAGCUCUGCACUGGUCUCCAGUGGAGAAAGACUUGGUGGUCUCUGGUGAUGAGAAGGGAAUUGUGGCUUGCUACUGGUUGAACAGAGAUGACACACAAACCCUCUUUCCUGAACCAAGAAACAUCUUCUGCCUGACCUGCUCCCCUCAUAAUGGAAAGCACAUAGCUGUAGGGUACAAGGAUGGGAUGGUGAUCGUGAUGGACAUCAGCAGGAAGGUGGAGGUGCUCCAUCGCCUGAGGGGCCAUGACGAUGAGAUCCACGCCCUGGCCUGGUGCCCUCAGCCUGGGGAGGAUCCUCUGUUCGGCCGGGCCGAGGAGACUCCAGAGGUAACGAACGGAGUGGCAGAGGGAGCAGAGAAGGGCUGUUACCUUGCCUCAGGAAGCAAAGAUCAGACUGUACGAAUAUGGAGCACAGCCAGGGGCAGAGGUGUGACGACCCUCAAGCUUCCGUUCCUGAAGAGGAGAGGAGUGGGCGUGGACCCCAGUGUGAAAGAGCGUCUCUGGCUGACGGUUCAUUGGCCGAAGGGGUGGCCUUCGCAGGUUGUCUCCAGCUGCUUCGGCGGAGAGCUGGUCCAGUGGGACCUCACCAAGACGGGGAAGCAGAAGUGGAGUCUGCUGGGCUCCUCCUCAGACGGGCAGAACCACAGCCGCAUUGUGUUCAACAUGAGCUCUGUGGGCCUGGGGGGCCGAGAGCUUCUCCUCAGCACCUCCAUGGACAGGGAGAUUAAGUGCUGGGACCUGUCUUCAUUGGAGUGCUGUUGGACGCUCCCCACGCUGGGGGGGUUUGUGUACAGCCUGGCCUUCUCCCCGGUGGGGACCGGCUGCCUGGCGCUGGGCGUGGGGGACAACAUGAUCCGCGUGUGGGGCACCCUGUCCCUGCAGAACCGCUACGAGACCCGGGCCUUCUGGCAGGGCAUCAGAUCCAAAGUCACUGCAUUGUCAUGGCACCCAACGAAAGAAGGCUCCUUGGCAUUUGGGACAGACGAUGGGAAAGUGGGGAUUUAUGAAGCCUACUCUAAUAAGUCUCCUCAGAUAUCCAGCACUUAUCACCGUAAGACAGUCUACACUGUGGCCUGGGGCCCCCCUGUCCCCCCCAUGGCCUUCGGGGGAGGGGACAAGCCCUCGAUUGGUCUGUACAGUUGUGGGGGGGAGGGGCUGAUUCUGCAGCAUGACCCCUGGAAGCUGGCCGGAGAGGCGUCCGACAUCGACGAGCUCAUUCGAGACACAAACAACAUUAAGCAUAAGCUGUCGCCUCACACAGAUUUCUGCUGGAAACCAGACGGUAAAGUGCUGGCCAUCGGGAAUGAAGAUGGGUCGAUAGAGGUGUACCAUGCUCCAGACCUCCGGCAGCUCUGCUCCAUCCAGCAGCACCACAAGAUCAUCAACGUCCUGCGGUGGCACCACCAGCUCGGCAGCCAGCACCUCCGCCACCUCCUGGCCUCUGGGUCCAGCAACGCCGUCAUCUACGUGCACGACCUCUCCGGCCCCACGGAGUCUCCGCCGGAGAGCCCGGUUCUGAUCACCGAAGCGUUCCGCAGUCUGGCGGGACACACCGCCAAAAUCACUGACCUAGCCUGGAGCCCCCACCACGACGGGAGGCUAGUGACCGUCUGCUACGACGGGACCGCACAGGUGUGGGACGUGUUGAAGGACGAGGCCCUGUGUAACUACAGAGGUCACCGCGGGCGGCUGCUGUGUGUGCAGUGGUCUCCGGUCGACCCGGACCUGGUGUGGACCGGGGGGGACGACUUCACCGCCCAGGAGUGGGCUGUGAGCAAGCAGGAGCACAGCAAGCCCCCCCGAGGCAAGAAAGGUGUAGAGCUUGAGAAGAAGCGAUCACAGCAGCAGAAGGCCUACGCCAAGAAGAAGAAGGCUGCAGCAAAGGCUGCUGGGAAGGGUGGGGUCAGGGCUGGGGAGGGCAAGCCCCUGAAUGGAGAAGGGGAGAGGGAGGUGGAGAGAGAGAGAGGUGUGUCCGACAAUGAGGAGGAAGAGGAGGAGGGAGAGACAGACGGCACUCCUCCACCCACAGCUCGGUCUAAAGAGAGCAGCCGGCCGGCGGACAGAGUCGUGGCAGAGAGGGUGCCACAGGAAGGAAAGACCUUUGGGAACGAGGGAAAGAAAGAGAUGAAAGAAGAAAGAAGGAGAGAGAAACCAGAAAUCCCAGGGAAGAAGAGGAAACCUCGAUCCAUCCUCCCCCUCAGCACUUCCAUGGACCAUCGGUCGAAAGAGGACCUCCAGCAGGACUGCCUCUGCCUGGCAGAGGUCCGCUUCUCUCAGGGGCCGAGGGCGUGUGUUCCUGGGGUGGGAGAGCACAUCCAGCUGGGCCUUUUCUCAGACAGGGACGCCCUCUACAGGAUGUUCCAGGAAGAGGGGCGGAGCCACGAGGAGGGAGGGCACUAUGAGUGUGCGGUGUACCUGUCGCUAUGGCGAGGUGACAUCACAGGAGCCCUGCAGGCAGCCACUCAGAGAGGAGAGCUGACCGACCACCUGGUCUCCAUCGCACCAAUGGCGGGGUACGGGGUGUGGCUGAGGACCGUCGAGGCCUUCGUUAAGCAGCUGUGUUUCCAGGAGCAGUUCCUGAAAGCCGCCUCCUACCUGCUGUCCAUCCACAGAGUCUACGAGGCCGUGGACCUCCUCAAAUCCCAACAGCUCUACAGGGAGGCCAUAGCGCUGGCGAAGGCCCGGCUCCAGCCGGACGACCCUGCGCUCACAGAGCUGUACUCCACCUGGGCCAGCGUGCUGGAGAGGGACGGACACUACGCCACCGCGGCCAAAUGUUACCUGGCAACAGACUGCGCCUUUGAUGCUGCCAAGGUGAUCGCUAAGAAAGGUGACGUUCUUUCGCUGAAGACCGCGGGCAGACUGGCAGCCAUGGCGGGAGAGAAGGAGCUGGCACACUCGCUGUCCCUGCGCUGCGCCAAGGAGCUGGCGGCCGCCGCGGAUUGGCUCGGAGCUCAGGAGGCACUGCGGACACAGGAGAGCUUAUUGGGUUUUCGGGUGAUGCUCUACACCAAUGAGCUUCUCUCCAUGAGGCUGGAGACCGGUGUGACCAAGCGGAGCUGCUCGACCAGUCACAGCUGGUCUGAGCUGGGUGGGCAGGACUUCCUGUGUGCGCUCAAGGCCGUGUUGCAGAGGGAGAUGGGCGUGUCCGAGAACGACCCGGAGAGAGUCCGGUCCGUCCGACAGCAGCUGCAGGCCCUGGACAGUCCGACCGACGCUCCCAACAUUCCCACCAAUCAGGUGCUGCAGUGCGUGUCCCAGGAUGUCACCAUGGGCCUGCUCAGCUGCCUGCUGGGAGACUGGGGGGCAGGGUUGGAGGAGGUGCUGCGGGGUGUGGCUCGCUGCAGGGGGGCGGGGCACUUCUCCCUGCUGUCAGACACCUGCAGACUGCUGUUCCCUGAAGGACCAGACUCCGUAGCGCAGUACAGAGAGAGGCUGCAGCCCCAGGAUGAGAGGGGUGUGGCUGCAGCAGACAGCCUGGUGGCCUGGGUGUGCUAUACACACCUGUACCAGCACUGGUGGAGCCAGUCAGCCGACAUCCCCGAUACCCACCAUCCCUCAGCCAGCGAUACCCACAAUCCCUCUGCCAGCGAUACCCACAAUCCCUCUGCCAGCGAUACCCACAAUCCCUCUGCCAGCGAUACCCACCAUCCCUCAGCCAGCGAUACCCACAAUCCCUCUGCCAGCGAUACCCACAAUCCCUCAGCCAGCGUUGAGCCGGACAUGCAGACAGACACAGAGACUGUGGUCAUGGCCGGGUCAGAGACUGUGGUCAUGGCCAGGUCAGACACAGAGACUGUGGUCAUGGCCGGGUCAGACACAGAGACUGUGGUCAUGGCCAGGUCAGAGACUGUGGUCAUGGCCGGGUCAGACACAGAGACUGUGGUCAUGGCUGGGUCAGAGACAGAGACUGUGGUCAUGGCCAGGUCAGAGACUGUGGUCAUGGCCAGGUCAGACACAGAGACUGUGGUCAUGGCCGGGUCAGACACAGAGACUGUGGUCAUGGCCGGGUCAGAGACUGUGGUCAUGGCCGGGUCAGAGACUGUGGUCAUGGCCGGGUCAGACACAGAGACUGUGGUCAUGGCCGGGUCAGACACAGAGACUGUGGUCAUGGCCGGGUCAGAGACUGUGGUCAUGGCCGGGUCAGACACAGAGACUGUGGUCAUGGCUGGGUCAGAGACUGUGGUCAUGGCCGGGUCAGACACAGAGACUGUGGUCAUGGCCAGGUCAGACACAGAGACUGUGGUCAUGGCUGGGUCAGACACAGAGACUGUGGUCAUGGCCGGGUCAGACACAGAGACUGUGGUCAUGGCCGGGUCAGACACAGAGACUGUGGUCAUGGCCAGGUCAGACACAGAGACUGUGGUCAUGGCCAGGUCAGACACAGAGACUGUGGUCAUGGCCGGGUCAGACACAGAGACGGCGGUUCUGAGUGGUUUUGGCCGCGCCCUGCUGUCAGAGCCCCACGCCUCCCUCCAGGCGACCCAGAGGGCCGUAGAGGAGGUGCAGCAGCAGAUCUCCAGCCUGGUGCAGCAGCACAGACUGACCCAGACCGCGGGGGACGGACACACGGACACGCACAGCUCCACAGACCCUCAGCGCGAUGCCAACUCCUCUCUGCCGUCUCUGAUUGCCCUGGUUUCGGAACGCCACAAAGAACUCGCAGGAACUCCAGAACACAUAAAAAAGUACCCUUUCCCAGAUGUCUUGGAAUGCUGCCUUGUUUUCCUGCACAUGGACAGGAACUCUACUUCUGUUCCCAAACUCCUGAAGGAAGAAGCCUUAGGCCUGCUGCAGAAACACGGGACUACAGCCUCCCACAGCAAAGCCUGUCAGAAAUUCUUAAAUUAACAGCGACAAACUUUUAUAUCCAACUACAAAAUCUGACUGGACCUUUUGUUUUCAUUAACUGACAACAGUUGUGUGUAUGUUAAUAAAAUGUUUUCAUUCCUA